AGAGAACCUUUUGCGAACCAAUCGGAUGGAUCAAUUGGAAGCAUAAACAAUCAUACAAGGGUUUUUGGCUACAAGGAAUCGAAGAGUUUCAAUCAUUUUGAAUUCCUGGAGAAAAAGAGAGGAUGAGCGAGGAGGAGAUUGGGAAGAAGAAGAGGGUGGUGGUAGAAUCUCUAGGAUGGUUGACAGAAUCCUCAAUCAUGCCCAAGAAACACCGUGCAAUCGCCGGUGUAGGGCCGUCGUCGAUUCUUGAGCUGAAGGCCCAACUAUACAAGUCUCAAGAAGAGGCCAAAACUAUUAAUUCUAACAAGAACCCCGACCAACUCGAGGUCCACCGUGCAAAGAAGAAGAUCGCUCCUCAUGAUCCAUUUGCCGCCAAGAACUCCGGCGUUGACGUUCGUUCUCACAAGGAUGCGCUUGAGUUGAAAGCAGUCAAGGAUGGGUCAGUCAGUUAUGCAGCCCUAGAGAAGAAAGCCGAGUUGUAUGAAAAGCUGGCAAGAGGAGAACUAUCUGAUGAGGAAGAUAAGGAGAAAUAUUGUGUGGAUUUCUUCAGUAAGAGCCUUGUAAAAGAGGAAUCACAACAACCUCGAGGACAUGAUAUGUUUUUCACAGAAAUGGCCGAACGUGAGUCUGAUAGGGAUGACGAGCCUGUGUUGCCUGAUACAAGAGCUAUGGGGCUCGGCAGGGCAGCUGGUACAGUAGAUAACGACGAGCAUAAGCGUUUUGUAAGGGAAGUUCAUGAAGAAGUGAAUGAAGCUAGGGAGAAAGUGUCUGAACUGAAAGUCCGCAGGCAAGAGCAGGUGGCUGUUCGGCGAGAGAAGUUAAAACAAGCAUAUCUCCGAAAACAGCUGGAGAAAUUAAAAGCUCAAUCUAAACAAGGAAAUACAUGAUUUUGCCAUCCAAUGUGGCGUCCCUCUAUAAUCGAGCCUCCCUUCAAAUCUUGGCACCCUCUUCCCCACUUUUUUGUUGUAUAAUUACUUGCUUAUCGUCAUUGUUGCGUGACUUUUGUUCGGCUCUAGUU